GAAUAGUUUAAUAAGGAGAUGCUUUUCUGAAAACAGAAGAAGAUAUGUGAAGGGUGAUAUAGACCUUGACUUAAGCUACAUUACUGAUCGUGUCAUUGCAAUGUCUUAUCCUGGAGAAGGAAUUGAAGGCUACUAUAGAAACUCUUAUAUUGAAGUUAAAAAGUUCCUAGACGACCAGCAUGUGGGACAUUACAAAGUCUACAAUCUCCGUUCAGAAAAACUCUAUGACCUAUCAAAGUUUGAACAUGCCGCUAAUUAUCCCUUUCUCGAUCACCAAGCGCCUCCUUUUGGCGUACUUGUCGAUUUUUGUAAAGACGCGUCAGAUUGGUUAUCCAAAAAAGCAGAAAAUGUGGUUGUCAUUCAUUGUAAAGCAGGCAAAGGAAGAACAGGGACUGUCAUUUCAGCCUUGUUGAUGCAUCUAGGCCAAGCAAAAGAUGCAGAAGAAGCUAUGCAACUAUAUGCAGAAAGAAGAACAUUGGAUAUGAGAGGAGUUACUAUUCCUAGUCAAAGACGAUAUGUGGGUUAUUAUUACUUUAUGCUCAACCAUCAGCAAUUAUAUAAUCAAAAUCAAGCUAUCUCUUUAAAUCUGAAGAGCAUAGUUAUUUAUACCAUUCCUUCAUGCGUUUCAAAAGGAUUUAUAAUGCAGUUAUAUGAUAAUGAUAUCUGUAUAUACCGUGAGCAAUUGUCGUCUAUGAUAAACAUCAAAGUUGAAAAAGAAAAGAUAGAGAUUGGACUAGAUGAAAUGCAACAUAUUUCAGGUGAUAUUAAAUUCGUGUUUAUAAAGGGAAAAGGGAAAAUCUUAUUUAGCUUUUGGCUCAACGCUACAUUUGUUCAUAUAAUGAACAAUAACUGUGUCUUUUUGAAAAAAUCAGAAAUUGAUGUCGCGUUUCGAGACGAAGAGCACAAGGAGUUUGAUAGUGACUUUUCAAUAGAGUUGUUAUUUUCCAAAGAAUAAAUAACAAGGAUACUUUUUUCCUACACUUGGCCUCCUUGUUUGUGUUUAGAG